CUGCUGUCUUGCGGAAGUAAGGACUGGAUUCUUAUGAUGAGCGGCUGUGCGAACACUUAACAAGUCAUAUAACGUUAACUGUCUAUUGAUUUCAUUGAGUUUGGUGAGACAAUGUGUACGGAUUGUUUACAUAAACAAUACCCGGACAGGGGAAAUACUUGUCUGGAGAAUGGAUCUUACCUCAUGAAUUAUGUUGGCUGUGCUAAUUGCCACCAAAGGGACUUCGUUAUGAUAAGCAAUAAGACCACGGUUGAUGAGGACGGAGAGGAGAUUGUCACAUAUCUGCAUAUGUGCAAAAAUUGCGACCACGUCAUAGCACGGCAUGAAUACACAUUCUCGGUAGUGGAUGACUAUCAGGAAUACACAAUGUUGUGUAUGCUGUGUGGAAAAGCAGAGGACUCCAUCAGUGUUCUCCCAGAUGACCCCAGGCAGACGGCCCCCCUGUUUUAGUGUCCCUCUUGCGACUACAUCUAGUCUAGCAGAGUUAUCAUAGUAGGAAAAUUCACAAGGACGCCUCCUGUAACGUUUGAUAUCAUCAGCUGUCGUCAGUGUUAGAUGACAUGAAAUUGACAUCAUUUCUGCCCAAAACUCUGACCAUUCCCAAGCAGUCAUACUUGUACCCGUUUAGUUUAAUUCCAAUUGAAUCCAUAUGGAAUGAGUACAGAAAAGCACUCCAACUUAAUAGAAAUCCGGUCCUUGGAGAGAUGCAAUACACCAUAGUCUGCAACCAGCAAUCCACACACUGUAGGACUACAGACUCACACAGAGAGGACUACAGACUCACACAGAGAGGACCGCUGCUGUAGGCAAUCCCAUGUGUUUAUAUAAUUUCUGCAGAAAAGUUCUUUAAGUGUUUAUUUUCAAAGCUUACUCUCUGCCUUGAUUAUUCAGCUAUUUAAAAUAAUAUUUUUGAGCAAUUCAACAUAAUGCUACACAAUAAGGAUAUGUAUGUAUGCUUUUGUAAAAUAACUUGAGUAAAGAAAAAUACAUUUGGUUCAGGAUGUUUUCAUGUAAACUUAGUUGUUGGUCUCAUUGAUGGUUCUGUUCAUGAGCAGUUUAUUUUAAAAAAUAAACAGAUUGAUUUGUACAGACAAUAUACAGUACGAUGUUGUAUAAAUAUGAAUAAAAAAAGCAAAUGACCACAGUGACUUAUGUACAA